AUGCCGACUAACGUGGACACCCUGAGCGACUCGGACGGCGAAGUGCCAGCAAAGGUAGCUCGCGCCAGCGGCGCCGCUGGCGGCGCCCCUAGCCCCGAGAAGCCCAGCGGCGACAACGCGCGGCCCAACGGCGAGAACAAGGGCGCCGACAGCAAGGGGGCGGCAGGGGCGCCGAGAGGCAGGGGCCAGGGCCGCGGGGGCGGCGAGGGCGGCCGCGGAGCUCGCAAGAGGCCCGCAGCGGCGGGGGCGGCGGUCGAUGGCACGACGGACGCAGAAGGGGGCACCCCGGCCAGCAAGCGGCAGAGGGCGGGCGGCGCGGGCGGCACCGACGAGGAGAAAACGCAAGAGAACAGCCCCAGCCAGAAAGUCCCCGCGCUGACCGCUUCGCGCGUGCAGUCGCCGCCAGCGACGUCGCCGGGGGGCACGAAGCGGAAGGCAGAAGAGAGCAAGGCGGGAACGACCCCGAAGGGCAAGGGCAAACCCAAGGCCGAGUCAAAGCCGCCCGAGCAGGAGACGCUGGGCACCGACGCGAAGUCAGACUACAGCAUCAUGACGUACCCAUCUGGCGCGAUGGCGGUGCGCCCAAAAGGCAAGGACGGAGAGGGCAAGAAGCUGAGCCAGCUCUUCCAGGUCUCCGUGAAGGGCGCGAACCCCGACGACCUCAAGAGCAUCUGCGAGGAUGCAAUUCGCGAGCUCCAGAAGGGCCGCAACAGCGAUGACGUUAAGCUCAUGGUCGGCGUGAGGAAAAAGGCCUUGCAGGCGGCCAUCGCGAAGAAAGGGGCUGUCGGCGCCGAGAGCCCAGGGGGCGGCGCCCCAGUGGCGGCGAAAACCGAUUCGUGA